AUGUCACUUCCGAUUCUUCCUAUCGAGCUUGUGAGCCGUAUAAUCAGCUCUCUUCAACGGCCCCACCAAGUACGUGCCGUGUGUCGCCAAUGGAAUUCACUGGCCAUCAAGUACGCAUUCCACACAGCUACCUUGCUCCCAACAGAAGCCGGUUAUCGGAAAUGGAACGCUGUAAUGGAUAGUUCUCAGCUCAAAAAGGCCAUACGAACUGUCAUCAUCUACAGUCAUGACCCUGAUACUGUCGAAUCGUCUGGGUUUGAUUGGUGUGAAGACGAAGAGGACAACAACUAUACCCCGUUCCAGAAGGCUGUCUCGCGUAUAAAAGAACUAGAUCUUGUUUCCAAGGUCUCCAUUAAAUUUUCUCAUGAAAGUUAUGGAGUGCAGGGUGGGUAUUGUGAAGUAGAGACAAAAGAGGCCAGAGAGAAGACAUUGAUUACUGUCUUCGAGGCCAUAAAGACACGCGCGGAAGAGAAACCUGAUAAAUCUACGAUACACGCUCUCUCCUUACAGAAUCUACAAAACUAUCCGCUUCCGGAAUUUACGUCCAGCGAACUCUUCAAGGCUGUCACCAAAGACAUUGACGAACUUCACCUCGACAUCAAAGAAGAGCACAACAGCCAUGGUCCCGACUGGGAUAUCUACUUGCCUGAACUUGUGGAAUUCACGCCUUAUCUCCAAGAGCACUGGCUCGCCCCCCUGUCCGGACAACUCACCAAGUUGUCUCUGUACUUUACAGAAUUUUGGGGCACCAUGCCUGGAACCUUUCAUGGUCACGGUUUGGACUUCCCACGACUGCAAACCCUCACUCUGGGCCAACUCGCUAUCUCGCACCACGACCAUCUGGACUGGGUCCUGCGACAGAAGACUCUCAAAACUUUACGCUUUGAGAGAUGCGUCAUCUGUCCUUACAUUCGAACAGAGUCGGACAAGAUAGGUGAAUGGAGAAUCCCAACAGAUGACUGGGAGGAGCUUCCUCGUGGUGCGUACGGAUUCGAGAUGGACGAUGACGCCCUUUACUAUUUCCCAGGAACUUGGGAGUCCAUGUUUGACAAGAUCCGCACAAACCUCCCUCAGCUUGUGGAUUUCCAGUUCAGUUGGCCUUCUUGGACACCUGUUAUGUUUGACGACCAAACACACUUGGGAACUGAGCUAUCCAACUCCCGGUAUCUUGUCUUUGACAUCGGCCUUUGCCCCAGUCGCUGGAUUGAAGCAGGGCACGACGGAAUAUUAAGCUUCGGAGAUGACGAUCCCACGGUUGUGGACGAGGAGAAUUCGGAAACUCGGGACCCCAAGGAGCUGAAUCGCCAUAAGGAAACACUGGCUGGUGACCAAAGGGCAUUUGAGGAACUGCUGAAAGCAACCUAUAAAAGGCAGUGA